AUGGAGCCAUUGGCAACAUUGUAUCCUCUGGAAUCCACACAAGCCACCAGAAACGAAACCCCAAAUGAAACCACCUGGUCUUCAGAGCCUGUGGAUGACCACACUUACUUCUUAGUCUCCCUGGCCAUUUGUUCACUGGGACUGGCUGGGAAUGGCCUUUUGAUAUGGUUCCUAAUCUUCUGUAUCAAGAGGAAGCCGUUCACCAUCUACAUCCUCCAUCUCGCCGUUGCGGACUUCAUGGUCCUCCUCUGUUCGUCCAUCAUGCAGCUAGUGAACACUUUCCACAUCUACAAUAGGACCUUAGUGAACUGCGCCAUCCUCUUCAUGAUCUUUGGCUACAACACGGGUCUGCACCUCCUCACGGCCAUCAGUGUGGAGCGGUGCCUCUCCGUGCUUUACCCAAUCUGGUACCAGUGCCAACGCCCGAAACACCAGUCCGCCGUGGCCUGUAUGCUGCUGUGGGCCCUCUCUGUUCUCGUGUCUGGUUUGGAAAACUUCUUCUGCAUUCUGGAAGUGAAGCCCCGAUUCCCAGAAUGCCGAUACGUGUACAUAUUCUCCUGUAUCUUGACUUUCCUGGUCUUCGUUCCUCUCAUGGUCUUCUCGAACUUGAUCCUCUUCAUCCAAGUCUGCUGUAGCCUGAAGCCACGUCAGCCGACCAGACUCUAUGUGAUCAUCAUGAGCACAGUCAUCCUGUUUCUUGUCUUCGCCAUGCCCAUGAAGGUUCUGCUUAUCAUCGGUUACUAUUCCAGUUCCCUUGAUAAUUCUGUAUGGGACUCCCUCCCCUACCUGAACAUGCUGUCCACUAUAAACUGCAGCGUCAACCCGAUUGUCUACUUUGUGGUAGGCAGCCUGAGGAGGAAGAGGAAUAGGAAGUCCCUAAAAGAAGCACUGCAGAAAGUCUUCGAGGAAAAGGCAGUGGUGGCCUCGAGGGAGAAUGUGGCACAGUUCUCCCUGCCUUCAUGA